AUUCAUAGCUUAAACUGGCAAUGGCUCCAUUUCAUCUAUGGCUUACAUUGCUACUGCUUGGAUCAGUUUGUGCAUCUGCAGUGCAUCCUAGGAAAUUAAAAAGAUUUGGUGGGGUAAGAAGAUUCACAGCUACCAGUGAGCCUUCUUCUGAUCUCCCACCAGAAUAUGAAAUACAUUAUUACACACAAACACUCGAUCAUUUCAACUACUAUCCAGACAGUUAUGCUACGUUUCAGCACAGAUAUAUAUUGAAUUACAAGUACUGGGGUGGAGCUAAUACUAGCUCACCCAUCUUUGUUUACACUGGUGAAGAAGUUGAUGUAACUUACGAUGUUGAGACUUUUAUUAUUGAUCUUGCAGCUCGUUUUAAAGGUUUACUAUUGUACAUAGAGCAUCGCUACUAUGGAGAAUCAAUGCCUUUUGGAUCUGAAGAGCAGGCAUUUCAAAAUGCCAGUACUCUUGGAUACCUAAGCUCAGAACAAGCUUUAGCAGAUUAUGCACAGGUGAUUGUAGAUGUUAAGAAGAAUCUGUCAGCAGAAAAUUGCCCAGCUAUAGCAGUUGGAGCAUCUUACGGUGGAAUGCUUGCAUCCUGGUUUCGUCUAAAAUAUCCCCACAUUGUCAUUGGUGCUUUGGCAUCAUCCUCUCCCAUACUCUAUUUCGAUGAUAUUACACCACAAAAUGGGUACCAUGUUGUUGUCUCCAAGGAUUUUAGAGAUACGAGUGAGAGUUGUUACAACACAAUAAAACAAUCCUGGUCUGAGAUUGAUAGAAUAGCAGCUGAACCAAAUGGGCUAACGACACUUAGCAACAAGUUCAACGUUUGCAGCCCUUUGAACACCACGCAAGAGCUCAAGGACUACCUAGAAAUCAUGUACAUCAGUGCAGCUCAAUACGACAAUCCUCCAAAUUAUCCAGUAGAGAGUACCUGCAGUGGAAUUGAUGGAGCCCCAGAAGGAACUGAUAUUCUUGGAAGAAUUGCUGCAGGUCUCGCAAACAGAUUUCGUGGGUUCGUUUCAUGCAAUAAUGUGUUUACGUUUGAAAUUAGCAACAAGAGUGCAUGGGAUUGGCAGACAUGUACUCAGAUUGUAAUGCCAAUUGGAUAUGGUUAUAAUGAGACAAUGUUCCAAUCAGAACCUUUUGAUAUAAAGAACUAUACCAAAGACUGUCUAGAUGUUUUCGGUAUCGUGCCUAGGCCUCAUUGGAUGACAACAGAAUUCGGUGGCCAUGACAUAAAAACUGUACUAGGAAAAUUUGCAAGCAACAUCAUUUUCUCCAAUGGACUCCGAGACCCUUAUAGCAUUGGAGGAGUUCUGGAAGACAUAUCAGACAGUGUUGUUGCAGUGUAUACGGAACAUGGAGCCCACUGCCUGGACAUAUAUCCCCCAGCUCCAGAUGAUCCUGUCUGGUUGAUUGCACAGAGAGUUAAGGAGAUUAAAAUCAUUUCAGCCUGGAUUGCGGAGUAUUAUGCCAAGCUUGCCACCAAAUAAAGCAUUGAUUGAAAAAUUCUGCAUUUAAUACAGAAUUUGAAAGGGAUCCUCUUGUUUGGUAUUUUAAUUGUUGAAUAUGAAAUUCAUAAAAUCAACUAAGCCAAAGUGAAGUUACAUUUCUGUUUUAUUAAUGUCAUAAUCAAUUUUCAGACAUUCAUUUUGAAUUAAUCAGCCUGUUUCCAGACAAGUAAUAUUGAUUUUAAGAGACAAUUGCCAGUUUUA